GCAAAUUCACACCUCUCUCUCUCUCUCUCUACUAAUCUUUCUUGAACCCCAUUUCCUUAUUCAAUAGCCAGAACUCAGUGUUCCGCUUCAAUGGCCUCGAUUCCUGUUUUUGGUGCCACAACACACACAAAGCCAAAGCUUCAAGCUUUAACCUUCCAACCUCUCUUGCGUUCUCGAGCUUCGUUUUCAGUCUCGAGGGUUCAAAGGGGCUCAAAGGGUGGUGCCAUAUCGAGUUUCACGUGUUCCACUUCGCAGUUCAAGGGAAGAGCUGGGUUCCACCGUAGACAAGAGAAGUUUUCGUUGCUUCCGUUUGGGGUUGAGGGAAGUGCUGUUGCUGAAGUGGAAGAAAGAGAUUGGUCUCAGGUUUUGUCUGCAUUGCUUCCUUUUGUUGUUGCUGCCACUGCCGUUGCUGCUCUUGCUCAACCUUCCACUUUUACAUGGGUUUCUAAAGAGUUAUAUGCUCCUGCACUUGGUGGGAUUAUGUUGUCCAUUGGAAUCAAAUUAUCCAUACAUGAUUUUGCUCUUGCAUUUAAAAGACCUAUACCACUUUCCCUUGGGUUUAUUGCGCAGUAUUUGCUGAAACCUACUGUUGGGGUCUUGAUUGCAAAGGCCUUUGGCAUAUCGAAAAUGUUCUAUGCAGGCUUUAUCCUCACAGCUUGUGUUUCUGGGGCUCAGCUAUCUAGCUAUGCAAGCUUUUUAAGCAAAGGGGAUGUACCCAUAAGCAUUCUUCUCACAAGCUAUACCACUAUUGCAUCAGUUAUUGUUACACCUUUGUUAACUGGUCUUCUGAUUGGAUCAGUGGUGCCAGUUGAUGCAGUUGCCAUGUCAAAGUCAAUACUACAGGUUGUUUUCGUUCCAGUUUCGUUUGGUCUUCUUCUCAAUACAUAUGCAAAGCCAGUUGUAUCUGUUCUUCAACCUGUGAUGCCCUUUGUUGCUAUGAUAUGUACUUCAUUGUGCAUUGGCAGCCCUCUUGCUAUAAACCGGAGUCAAAUUUUGUCAGGAGAAGGUCUCCAAUUGGUUUUUCCAGUAUUAACAUUUCAUGUUGUUGCCUUCACUUUAGGAUAUUGGAUCUCAAACAUUCCAUCCUUGAGGCAGGAAGAACAGGUGAGCAGGACAAUUUCAUUAUGCACUGGAAUGCAGAGCUCCACCCUUGCAGGCCUUCUUGCAACCCAGUUUUUGGGAAGUAGUCAGGCAGUUCCACCAGCAUGUUCUGUUAUUGCUAUGGCUAUAAUGGGUCUCUGUCUUGCCUCUUUUUGGGGAAAUGGCUUUAGAAUUAGAAACCUACUGUCAUUACCUACUCUCAAGAAUCAAUGCUGCUGUUAAGGCUUAACUUUUUUGGUUCUGAUGCGUGUUAUUUGAGGCUUAUUUGUUAUCAUCUGUUGGGAGGCUGGAAGCUGGAUAAAUUUAAUCUCAUGGUAUUAAUAGAGAUGGCUAGGAAGGGUAGAUAUAUAAGACAAUUUCAAGUGUACAGGUUAGUUACAUAUAAACCAGGCAAGAAAAAGGUUUCAUGAGUAACAUUAUAUACAUAAUGAUCAGAGAAAAAAUUACAUAGUAAUGGAGAUAUAGAUUCACGUAUGAGUAUCUAUUAUCUAGCUGCAAAUUAAUACAUUUCUGUACAUAGACUCAAAGUAUAUUACAGAUGACAU